CUAGCAGCGACCCGUGGUAUUGAGUCGUGUGCGAACGUAACUAGACAGUUUUGUUUGCACGGCACCGGAACGAGGUGUGACAUCGUUGCCAGUGCUUGUCGUAAGGAGUGUGAUGCACUCUUGUCUUCAUCUGCUGCAACACCACAAGAUACACCUGGAGGAUCCUCGUGUGGCACAACUAGGAACAGUGGCACUUCUAGCAGUAGUAGCAGCAGUUCAACUUCCACAUCGUCAUCUGCUUCUAGUGCUCCUGGUGCCUUCUGCUCUCUCUUCGCUGGGGACUCGGUCGAGGUAGCCACCGCUGGCAAUCAAGAUGAGACUGCUUGC